AUGGGCAGGAAGGCGGCGAAAUCUGGGAGCGCGCCGCAAGGCCAAAAGAGACCGCACGAAGAUGUCGAAGGAGCGAGCCUGGAGAAACCGGUCAAACGCAAGCGCCAGGCCAAUGAUCUCAGCAUGGUCGAGCUCUACAAUGAUCUUUCUGCAGAAUCAGAAGAUAUCCGACUGGAAGCAGCAAAGCAGCUGAUCCUGAAGUUCUCUCCCGAAAACAGCCCGUCUGCACCAAAUGUGUUGAAUGCUCUGAAUCGACUCAUUCAAGGCCUGUGCACCCACCGAAAAGCUGCCCGAUUCGGUUUCUGCGUUACUCUCACUGAACUUCUGCGUCUGAUCUUUGCGCCAUCGGGAGCUUCUAUUGAGGGUUUGGAUCUUGAUGUAGUCGCCCUAUUGAAAAAGGUGGAGAAACAGACCAAAACUGAGGGAAAUGUAUCUGGACUGGAGCGAAGAAACCACUUGAUCGGAAAGCUGUUUGCAUACAAGGCCAUAUUGCAAUCCUCCAUUCUGAUCGAGCCAAAGCUGGCCACGAAUAGCUGGAACGAGCUAUUGGAUUUGAUCUAUGGAAUGGCUAGAGACACGCCCUGGCUUCGCGAAGAAUGUGCGUUGGUUCUAGUCCAGACAAUCGAGACUUUACCGAACGAGGCAAAACUUGAGCCAUGUGUGCAAGCUCUAAGCGAACGUCUCGUUUCUUUCAAACUGGCAGACACACCAGAGGGCAUCGCAAUAUGGCUUGCAUUGCAGGAACAGCAUGCAUCAUCGCUUCCGACCAAUGUGUGGCACGACAAUGACCCUCUCUCCAUGAAGAACCGACCCAAGCUCGCAAAGGUGCUGAAAGGAGACCUCCAGAGCUCCCUGAGUAGCAAUGAACCGGACGCAGUCAAAUCCGCAGCGACCAAUGCUAAUCCGCAGUUUGCAUGGAACACGCUUCUGUCGAAGGUCCUUCAGCUGGACAGCGAGUCUAAAGCAGCCCGAACAGAUGCCAGCAAAUCUCAGUUCGGACAGCUGUGGCUCAGCAUUGUCGAUGCGCAACUGUUUGGGUCAUCUUCCUCGCACGAACGCAAAUCUUGGGGCUUCAAACUGUUCGCGCAGUUGGUUAUCCAAAUCCCUGAUUGGGCGCUCUCAGCCUUGUUCAGUCCCAAUUUCAUGCGGACCCUACGGAAUCAGACCUCGAAAGAUGAUAGCAAACUCCCGAAUCUUCACUGUCCCCUCGUUGUUGAACUAACGUCUAAGAACGGGACUGCGGAUUUCGAACAUUCGUCCAAGGCGGAGACACUGGAAAAGAUCGCCCUUGCAGCCGACGACCAUGGGCUAAGGAAGAUUGUCCGCCACUUGCACUCGCAACUCAUCCGGCCAGAAACCACGGAACAGAAUGUAGCUGAUCACCGACGUCAGACUAUCGCUGAUCUGCUUCUGAACAUCGUCAAACACUACACACGCUAUGACGAACUGGUAGCAGAGUUCACGGAGAAGGACAACUGGCUGCGUAACACACUGGAUCUGCUUGUCGAACACGCUUAUUUCACCCCGAGCCAGAGCGCGAAGGCGCGCAAAGUACCGUCACCAGCAAUCAGCGAUUCAAGCCGAGCUAUUUUCCAGGAGCGGCUGUCUUCAUGUCUAACGCGGUUGCGUCCUGUGGCUGCCGGAACACAAACGUCUUUUGGCGUUAUUGUGGUCGACAUGGUUCGGUCUAAGGCAAGCAGUCAGUCUUUCGAGCCGAUAUUCAAGGCCGACGAGUCUGUCCAAGAAACUUUAGAAAAGGCUUACGAGACCUUUGACAUUGUUAAAACUACUGGCUCUACAGACGGCAAGGCAUCGGUCUUCCAGGGCCUCGCUCUAUUGUAUGCAUUCACGUUCAUUCAGAUCUUCAACGGUGACACAGAUGCCAUCAUGCUGCUGCACGACUUGGACGCAUCUUACAAGGCAAUCUCAAGCCCUAAAAAAGGAGCGUCAAGCGAAGGUCAAGAUGGGUUCAUUGAGAUACUGCUCUCUUUCUUGGGCAACACCCGCACCCUGUUCCAUAAGAUCGCGACCGAGGCCUUCACAGCGUUUGCCUCUGAAAUCAGCCUCGAAGGAUUGAGGUCGAUGACAGACAUCCUUGACACGGAGGAGACGCUUGAGGGUCAAAAGCAACUCUUCUCUCAGGCCGAUGAGGAAGCGGAGGAGGCGGAGUCGGACGACGACGAGGAUAUGGAGGAUGCGUCGGACGUCGAGAUGGUUAGCGGUGAUGCCGAGGAAGACGCCGGGAGCGACUCGGAUGACUCAGACGAUUCAGAUGACGACUCUGAAGACGAGGACGAGGACGAUGACGACGAACUUACGCAAUUUAACAACAAGCUCGCCUUAACUCUGCAAACAUCGGGGCUUGCCGCGAACGAUGAGGAAGAUUCGGACGAUUCGGAUAUGGACGACGAUCAGAUGAUGGCCUUGGACCCUCAUCUCUCGAACAUCUUCAAGCAACGCAGCCAGAUCACAGGAAAGAAACAACGGGACGAAGCCAAACAGAACAUGAUUCGGUUCAAGUCCCGUGUGCUGGAUCUUCUAGCGGUGUUCCUCGACAAGCAGUUCUCCAACCCCCUCAGUCUGGAAGUUUUGCUACCAGUAUUGCGUCUCACCCGAGCAUCAGCAAACAAGCAAUUUUCGGACCGGAGCGCGAAGCUAUUGCAGUCAAUAUUCGCCAAGAGCAACACGCCACUCCCUCAACUCGAUGAUGCAGAGCCUGCAUGGGAGAUACUGAGAGCUGUUCACGAAGAAGCUAAACAGGGCGGCGGUUCAAUUGCGCACGGUGGCGCAUGUAGCGCGGCCAGCUUGCACAUCGUUCGGACUCUGGUCAACGCUGACCCGGACAACUAUGCAAAGGUUGUGGAUGUGUAUGCCGAGAGCCAGAAGAACUGGUUCAUGGAUACCAAGUCAGAGGUCCGGGAUAGCAUGUUCUCGCAGUUCUUGAACUGGUCUUCCCGGUUUAGGUCGGCGAUAAAAGCGGAGGCGGAGUAA